AUGCAUAUCAACGACCUUAACCUCAACCCCAAUCUCAACCCCAAUCCCAAUACCAACCCAAACACCUCAUACCAACCUCAACCUAAAUCAAAUACCCACCCCAACCCAAAUACCAACACCAACACCAAUACCAAUAUCAACCCCAACCCAAGCCGCAAUACCAAACCCAACCCCAUUCACAACACCAACCCCAACCCCAAUACCAAUCCCAACCCCAUUCAUAAUACCAAUACCAAUCCCAAUCUCAAUCCCAACCCCAGCCCCAUUGCUAACCCCAUCCACAAUACCAAACCCAACCCCAUUCACAGUACCAACCCCAACCCCAAUACCAAUCCAAACCCCAUUCAUAAUACCAAUACCAAUCCCAAUACCAAUUCCAACCCCAGCCCCAAUACCAACCCCAUUCACAAUACCAAAUCCAACCCCAUUCACAAUACCAACCCCAACCCCAAUACCGAUUCCAACCCCAUUCAUAAUACCAAUACCAAUCCCAAUGCCAAUCCCAACCCCAGUCCCAAUACCAACCCCAUUCACAAUACCAAUCCCAACCCCAAUACCAAUCCCAACCCCAUUCAUAAUACCAAUACCAAUCCCAAUACCAAUCCCAACCCCAGCCCCAAUACCAACCCCAUUCACAAUACCAAUCCCAACCCCAGCCACAAUACCAACCCCAUUCACAAUACCAAUCCCAACCCAAGCCCCAAUACCAACCCCAUUCUUAAUACCAAUCUCAACCCCAACCCUAUUCACAAAACCAAUCCCAACUCCAGCCCCAAUACCGAUCCCAACCUAAAUCCAUAUACAAACACCAACCCUAAUACUGACCCCUUAACACCAUACCCAAUACCAAUAUCAAUAAAAGAACCAAUACCGACCCUUAUCCAAAUCACAACCCUAACCCCUCAAUACUAA